AUGUCCCAGCCAGUUUACCACUACCUAGACAUAGGCCGCUUGGGGCGGGGAGAAGUCGUUCGUUUGUUUAUGCGAGAUGCAGGCAUUCAGUUCCAGGACAUUCGUUACGCGUUUGAUGAUACGUGGCAGACCACUAGUAAAAGCCUGAAGGAGAAAGGUAUCUCCCCUACCGGAAAGCUACCUGUUCUUGAAUACGAAGGAAAGUUUCUUUCUCAACAUGUUCCAAUACUGCGUUAUUUGUCGAGAGAGAUCGGCAGCUAUGAUGGGAAGUCUAGCUACGAGAAAUAUAUCGUUGAUGCGGUCUCGGAUCUUUAUAUUGACUGGAGAUCUCAAUGGGUCCCGGCCUUGAAGAAGGUUACAGAACAGUACAAGGAUGUCUUUGUUCCUAACUAUUAUAACCUUCUGUCGCGAUACUAUUCAGAGAAUGGUGGCCCAUUCCUUCUGGGGAAAGAGAUAACCUAUGCAGAUUUUGCGUAA